AUGCCUCUGAUCGAGUUAGCAAGUGUGCGCCUGCACCCUUCACUGUCUUCUAGCCUCCCCGACUCUUUCACGGCAACCUGGACUCGAGCUUGCGGCCUCGCCACCUCCGCUGCGAAUGGCGUUCCUUUCCAACUUUACCAAUCCCUUACCCCAACGAGCAAGGACAUGUACUAUCUAGUCGGCGGCUGGCAGAGUGGGGAUGACCAUAUCGCCUUCCUCUCAACUCCGGAUGCAGUGACCCUAGCCAAAAGUAUUGGCGAAUACAUGACUGUUGAGCUUGUGCGGCAUGUGGAUGGAGACAUCAAUGCUUUGAGCCAAGAGGACGGAGGAAAGCCCAAACGCUUGAGAGUCACAACAUACAAAGUGCCCGAAUCAAGGAUUGAGGAUUGGGCUUUGAAAUGGAACAACAGCCGGCAUGCAAGUGCUGGAGCUGGGGGGUGGGAUAUGAGCGGUGCGGUGCAGAAACAACACAGAGCCUUCAAACAGAUGGGUGAGGCGGCGAACAACGUUGCCGCAUUCGGCGGGAAGGAUGAGAGUGGCACCAAAACCUGGGUAUGGGUCGAGAGCAGUAGGAAGACCUCUGGAGACACUGGAGGAUCUCAGCACCCUUUGGAAGGGUUUGAUGACAUUCAGGCUGAAGUGUUUGAGAUGGAAUAUGUAUUGGGAUAG